UUGAAGAGAGAGAAACUAGUUACCUUGAAGGGUUUUUGAGGAGAGAGAAAGGGGGGUUUCAGGGCUGAAUUCCUAGGGUUUUUGAGGAUUUAUUUUUGUGUUCAUGGUGUAAUUCUGGUUUUUUUGUGGAGGUUUUGGUGAAUAAUUAGAGAAUUGGAGUUUUGUGGUGAUUUUGAGGUUUGUUGAUCUGGUUUUUUAAUGGUGAUUAUGUGGUUGAAAGGGUGGCUUGAUAUGUUGUUUUAAGGGAUUGAGGGGUUUGAAUUUCGUGUGUGUUUGGAUCGGGGGUUGAUUGGCGAAGAAAUUAUGCAAUCUAUUAUGAUAAAAGGAAUGAUCCCGUUUUAUAAGGAUAAGCGUGGGGGCAGGAAUGCAGGAUGCUGGGGUAUUUGUUUGAUCUUCUAAAAUUUAUGGGAAUUUGAAGAUGACUAUAAUGUGCAAGGUCAAUCUGUAGAAGAAGAGAUGUUUCCUUUGGCUGUUUCGUGAAAUUGGGUAGUGCCUGUGUGGAAUGCAGUCGAAAAGAAAGAUGAUGGAUUAUGGAUUAAGAGGUUAUUGGGCUCCAACCACUCCUCGAGCUUUGAGAUCAGCUAGGGGCAAGCGAGUUGGUCUGAGAAAGAAAGUAGUUGAAGGAUGUGAUGAAUUUGGCUCCUUUGAAUUGCUGGCCUCUGUUGCUGGUCAGAUAUUGCAAGAGAAAGAAGCCUGUCAAGGUCUGGAAAGUAAAACUAGUGAAACUCAUAUUGGUCUUGAAUCAAAAGAUUAUUUUGGCACAAACAACAUGGAGAAGCAUACAAAUAAUGUGGCUAAUGCAACAGUGAAACAAGAACAGUCAAGCAGUGAGGAGAACUUUGACAUAGGUCCUUGUUGUCCAAGAAGUUAUGCAGAUAUUCAUGCCUCCAAGGCCUCUAGGUCUACUUCAACUGUCACCAAAUCCUAUAGUUUUCGACAAGUCCCUGGUGGAGAGAGUGCCACAGAGUUGCGGGUGUGUAGUCUGUCUAAUUUUGAGAAGAAAUCAGACACUACUUCAACCGAAGAUAAUUGGGACUCAAAACGAUCGGUUGUAGUUGGAAGUGAAGAUGGGUAUGCAAAUCUUUCUGAUGAGAGUGUCUUUUCUGCAAAGAAUGUAGCGAAAAAGGAGAUGGGCUUUGUGGAAUCUCAUGAAGGCAAAGGAGAGAAUGAAAUUGGUGAAAGUAUGGGGCAGUGGAAGGAAAAUUAUUUUAAAAUCGAGAAAAUGGAGGAUGGGUUAGAGAGCAAGGGUGGUGAUUCCAUGGAUCUGGAGGUCAAAACCCCUCCUAUAGACUUUCGUGCAGCACCUCUGCCGGCAACUGUGGGGAAAGCCCACAUAUGUAAAGAUGAUGACGAAAAUUCUUCCCGGUGUAAUGAUCCCAGGACACUACCUAUGAAGUCCUUCAAGGCUUCAUAUCGGAGAGAUCGUAAGCAUAGGAAAUCGGUAGCUUCAAGGUUCCGAAAAGUGGUACCACAAGCAUCAUCUAAUGUACAUGAUUGUUCUGUCUCUGGUGUUCAUUCUGAGACCAAAGAUAUAGCAAAUGAUCCUCAACAUUACUGUAGCAAGGGAAGCAACACACGCCAGAAAAAAUCAAGAUUGCCCCCUUCAAAAAUGAGAAGGUUGUUUGAAGGAAAUGCAUUUUGUGCAUCUGGUUCUGACAGAAAGGAUGUAAAUAGAGAGCCUUCCUCUGCAGAUGGACGAUUGCAUGAUAAAUCAAUUCCUUCACCCAUAGAUUCUUCUCCUGCAGAGGGUGGAAAGUCAUCCAAGAGACCUGGUGAAUCUAAAGUGAAAUUGAGCAUCAAGUCCUUCACAGUACCCGAUCUCUUUGUUGACAUGCCUGAAACUGCAACUAUUGGCGCUUUGAAGAGGGCUGUCAUGGAGGCUGCAAUUGGAAUGCUCGGGGGUGGCCUAAGGGUUCGUGUACUCCUUCAUGGGAAGAAGGUCUUGGAGGAGGGAGAAACACUCCUCCAAGCUGGUAUCUCUCAUGGUUGUGAAAUGGAUGCUGUUGGGUUCAUGUUGGAACCAGAUCAGGUGUCCUCACGAGGGUCUCCUGAAGACCCCUUGUUCUUGCUCUCCUGUGCCGAAACUCAGCCAUUGUCACUGUAUCCAAUGACUGCUGCUUCAGCUCCAGGUGAAAGAAAUUCGGACUGUCUUAAAGGAAGGUCCAGCUCAGCGAGUGGGAAUUCAGUUCCCUCAAUGACAGCCGAGCAGACUUCUAUGGAUCCAAUCAAGUGGGAGGAAAGUGAUUAUGAUUCGGUUCCAUCAUCAGCAGUGGGCCCUGAUUCUGGAGCCCUUAUAGUUCUUCCGCCUGUAAAUAUGGAUGAUGUGGAAGGACUCGCUUUGGUGCCUGUAAAUUGCAAGCACCGGGGUUCUGAGCUUGUGAAGAGGCGUAUACGUAGACCUUUCUCUGUCGUUGAAGUGGAGGCCCUUGUCCAAGCGGUUGAGAAGCUUGGGACUGGCAGGUGGCGGGAUGUCAAAUUGCAUGCUUUUGAUCAUGCGAAGCACCGAACAUAUGUUGACCUAAAGGAUAAAUGGAAGACUUUGGUUCACACUGCCAAGAUCUCUCCACAUCAGAGGCGUGGAGAACCAGUUCCUCAAGACCUCUUGGACCGUGUCCUGAGUGCUCAUUCUUAUUGGAGCGAGCAGCAAAACAAGCAACAACAGGCAGAGGAAGGUUCUAACUGCAUGCUCAUGAGAGAGCUCGCAAUGGAAGCCUGACAUUCGAUUCUUCCCUCUUCCUUUCUUUCACCGAAUAUCUUGUAUCUCAUCGAUUCUUUGCCCCUCUCACUUCCCUUUUAUUCUCGUUGGGGAAAAGAGAGGUUGGCCUGUACAAAGAACCAAAUGCUCUCUGAACACUAACAUGAAUUCGCCGAAAUCUCAAAAGUGUGAAGGCACAGGUAAGUGCACCUCUGUAAAUUGGCUGGAAAAGCAAAAGCAUGCAUGAGGCAAUCUGUUUGAUAUGUGUGUUUGUCUCCUGACUGUAAAAGAUCAGAAAUCUUGCUUUUGUCUAAAAUUUAAAGUAUUUGUACACUCAUUUUUAAGUCAGUUAAAUCUCUCUCUCUAUGAUA